ACUGGCAACACUGACUGGCUAGCUCGCCGAGAAGUCAGUAAAAAAAUAAUUAUUCUGUGAAAUUGUUAAAGGAAGUUAGAAGUUAGUAAAUUUUAAGCGAUUUAGUGUACAGGUGAAAACCGAAAGUCUAGCCGUAUGUCUCAGAAUCCCGAGGACUUCGGGCAAUUAGAAAAUGCACAGGAUUUUCAUAGCAAUAGCCAUCAUCUCCUUAGCUAUGGCCCAAACCCUACGCCGAUCCUUAAUCAGGCACGCACCAACCAUUUGAGCGAAAACAACGGGCCUCAAUACACACAACAACACACAGUACCACACUGUUCCGCACCACAGUCAGCUGCAGUGAAAUUUGGCAAGAAACAGCAGGCACUUCCACAAAAGCAUCCAAUUGAGCCGGAGCCGUCUUGGCUUGGUGCAAUUAAGAUAUCUGGCAACACUGCGCCACCAUACCUCACGGGAGACAACUUUCGAACGGCAAACAAACAGCAAUUAAAUAAUAAACCAAACAAAAUAUCAAAAUCAUGCAAAUCGCAGGUCAUUGUGAUUGAUCCGCUAAGCAAAAAUAUACCGCGAAAAGUCGCUAACUCUGUGAAUAAUCCGACUCGGCUGCACGCCGCGAUUGAGGCUUUGGUGCCAGAGGCUUUGCCGUUCCUGAGCGAGGAGCAUCAUUUUACGCCAUUUCCCCGCAAGAAUCCGGAAGAUCAAGAGGAAGAAUUGUCCUCUUCCAAGAAAAUAGAGACAAAUCGUUGCUGGCUGCAGAAUAAGAAUUCAGCAGCACUAAAACUUGGCGAAACAUUCACCGGUUUUUGGCACGAACAGAAUAACUCUCCAUCGACAUCUGAAGAAGAGGAGGACGGCGACGAUUUCGAGGAAGUGCCUGAUUUGGACUGUUCUUUCUCCUUAUACCCCUGUACCAUAUCAAUUCCCAUAGAGGAGGACACCGAAAAGAUAAUCGAAGAUAUUGCCGACUCAAACCACUUUGUGGUAGAUAUUUUGGAGUCGGACGAAGUAGGUCUCCGAGAGAGUAUUUCAGAUUUGUCACCUGAGGCUGAGGAGGCUCAGUCGUUCUCCAAUGAAGCAUAUCCCCUCGAAACACUAAUCCCUGGUGGCGGAGACACAUUCAAGGAGCACAUUCAAGGCACGCUUGAACUGCCAGAAGAGGGCCUGCAGUUUGCCGUCGAACAUAAUCUACAGGCCAGACAGCCAACGGCUGAAGAAGAAUACCAAAUAGAGCAGCAGCCAGACGCGUCCGUUGCUGUACACAAUUUUCCGACAGAGGCACUUGCUGGCCCCGAAGCUGGUGUGGAAUCAAAAUCGAAGCGAGCCAUUGUUAAAGCCCUUUACCAGAUUUGGCACGUAAUUGGGUCGGAAAAAAAGCGGCCCUGGGGAGAGCGCAGCCGAGCCCAGCAACUGUUAGAAAUUUCACUCUGCCAGGACACACUCUUUAAGCUGUUGAAGGAUUUAAAAGCUCUGCCGGAGCACGAGCUGUCCGCCGAGGAACUAACGCCUUUGGUGGCCUUCCAGAAGGACAUUGAGCAAAUAGAACAACUUGAAGGCGAUUCGAUGGGAUUGAACUUGUUGGAUAAACUGCGAAACCUCUUGAAAAGCUGGACACGUCAGAAAGAUGAAACUGCCACUGAAGUAGCCGUAACCGGCGACGGAGCACAAGGUCCACGCAGCAACGAAGCCGCCAUCGACGAAGGAACUCUACAAUUAAAGAACAGAACCACCAGAAAGCGUUCUGGAGGAAAACGAGACGGCGGCAAGGACAAUUUCAUCAAGUAUCGCCGUGUGGAAAGCACAUUUCCCCGUUUCAUUUCGCAACCGAUUGCCGAGGACAUGCCCACCACCAGCGAGUCAGCGUCUUUUGCUGAGCAGGAAUCAGGAGCAAUGACCCGUAUGCAGAUACCCUCGUCGGGUAACAAGCGUCUGUCCAUAUUUAAUGAGCCACGAACCGCACAUCAAGUCAUUCGAUAUCAUGGCGUCGGCAAUAAUAUAAUAGAACUAUCCGACGAUGAUGAGCCGCCAGUCCAUGGCUUCUUCUUACGGGCCCACGAUAGGGGGCGUACUGGUACUGCUUCCUCAGCCGGUUGGGGUCCGAAGGGUCAGUCCUCAUCACAUGGGGAUGCUGCUGCUCCUGCAGCGGCGCCCUCAUCGCUUGUACGCCCCUCGCUGCUGUAUGCGGAUGCAGUGCGCCUGGGCCAGAAUGGCUACACCGAACCACCACACACAAACAUGAAUGGACAUCAUCAUCAUCCGCAUCAUUCGCACUCCAUUCGCGGAUCCCCCAAUCACGACAGUCUUCUCAUGCGCAUGGAGCGUCUCGCCGAGCGUGAGCAGUACGUGAAUUUUGUAAGCGACGUGGCCAUCAGCGAGUUAAGAAAACAAACCAGCCGCACAAACCCGCCGCCACUCUUACCAAUGGCCAGUUGGGCAGCCAUGGUGAAGAAGAAUCCCAGUGCCGAGUACUCCAGGCAGGUGCAAAACGCCAAGAAGAGCGUCCCCAAGCCAACACCACCGCCACAGACUUCGCUGCAGCGCCAGUCUGUCUUCGAGCUAACCUCAACGGACAGCACCUCGGGUAGCGGCAGUGACAGCGGCAGUUCGCCCCCCGUUCAAGUGGCAGCCAAAGGUGCACCACAGCCCGUCAUAAUUGAUCUGGAUAGUAGUUCGAAUGAAAAGCCAACUGCAAAAGGUGACGCGGAGCACCAGAAGAACCUAAAUGCGAUGCAACAGCGCUUCAGCGAAAACAUCUUCUUUCGAGAUGAUUAUGAGCAGAAGUUCAGGCAGCGCGAGCAGCGUGAACGCACGGAAACGAGCCAUCAGCGUGAGCUGGCACGCGUCGAGGCUGACAAGUUAACCGAAGAGCGUCGCCGUCUGGAGGGCACAUUCCGAUGGUCCGUCUUGGACUACCGCAUGGGAUGUUUGCCCAUGAUAACGGAGACGGGUGCCGAGCAGGAGGAAGUCGAGCCGGAUAUUGAGUUUAUUCCCAUCAGCGAAGAACAGCAAAGGGAGCUGCAUGAAAUGGUGACUGGCGAUCCUGAUGAUCCGCUGAUCCGGAAAUACUCGCUGAUAAUAGCGAAAAAGGAUAUUCGCACAUUGACCGGGCUCACCUGGCUGAACGAUGAGGUGAUCAAUUUCUAUAUGAAUUUGAUCAUCAACCGAUCAGAGCAGAAGGCGGGCAUACUGCCCAGUGUGUAUGCCAUGAACACCUUCUUUCUGACACGUCUGCUCGAGGGCGGGUUUAGUGCUGUGAAGCGCUGGACACGUAAGAUUGAUUUGAUGAGCAAGGACAUCAUUGUGGUGCCGGUACACUUCAAUGGCAUGCAUUGGUGCAUGGCCAUUAUACACAUGAAGAACCAGACCAUAUUCUACUAUGAUUCCCUUGGCAAUCCCAACAACUUGGUCCUGGAGACAUUGAAGAAAUACAUACAGGAAGAAUCGUUGGACAAGCGCAGGCAGCCGUUGGACGUUAGCGGCUUUCGGAUCGAAAAUAUCCUAAACGGACCGCAGCAGACGAAUGGUAGUGACUGCGGCGUCUUCAGCUGUAUGACAGCUGAAUAUAUAACUCGGGACAAGCCGCUCACAUUCAGCCAGGAGCAUAUGCCCUACUUUAGAAAGAAAAUGAUGCUAGAGAUUGUCCAUGGGCAGCUGUGGAAAUAGGUGACAGCUUCUCUGUUUGUCAUGCUCCUCGCCACCCCCUUACACUAAGCUAAGGAAUCUAGCAAUAAGGAAACGUUUAUGAUUAAUAAUUUUGCUGGCGAUUGAACUAAUAAGUGUGUUGAGUGGCUUAUUCGAUUAUUAGUUUAUUCGAUUUAGACGUCCGAAACAUAUUAGGAAAAAUGGCAGACGUCUAAAUCUAUCCCCAUCCUCAUACACCCCCAUAGGGGAACACACAAUUUUCAAAGCUACUAAAUCAAUGAUCCACGAACCAAAAGAGCAGCAGCAGGAGCCGCAGCAAUCGAGAAAACAAGCGCUUCAACAUAUUUAGAUUUUUCAGUCUUAGAUUUGAUUCGGUUUUUUUUCAUUUUGAUUGACACAUAUGAAGCAAUACGUUAGACGUAGCAUAAUAAGUAACUUCCUUAUGAGCCUUGGGGGGGCUCAAUAUAAUACAAAAAAUAAUAUAU